AUGCUGCUACACCCUCGCCCGCCGCCGACGCCGGCAGCUGUCGAUCGCGAGUGCCUGCGUGCUGCAGCCGCCAUCGCCACGCGUGGCAGAUACGCCAGUGCUGCUGCGGUGACGCGAGACGCGUGCCUGGCGCUCGGCGUGUCCUCGUUCGAGGCAGUCGGCCUCUCGACGGCCGCCGUGCCCAGCCUGUGCCAAGUCUGGGAGAUCGAGCGGCUCGUGGGGAGCUACGCCUCUGCAUUUGCUGCCACGCACGGCAUCGCCUGCAUCGCGAAUCUCGAGCCCGAGGUGGUCGCGGCGCUCCGCAGCCGCCUCGUGCCUCCGCUGCCGCCGCCACCCGCCGCCGCGGCCGCCACAGCUGCAGAGGAGGAGAUUGACAUCGAGGAGGAGCCGGAGGCGUCGGAGGCGUCGGAGGCGUCGGAGGCGGGCAUGCAGGACGCGAGUCCGCUCGCCUCCUUCUCCGCGUUCGGCGUCGGACCGCUGCGUCUCCACCCGGCUGUGUGUGCGCUGUGGCCGGCGGCGGGGCGCGGGGAGGGUGGCGGCGAGGAGGGUGGCGGGGAGGGUGGCGGGUGGAUGAGUCACGCGGAGGCGGGCGCAGCACCUCCUCUCCUCUGGAGGAAGAAAGCGGCGCAGCACCUCGUCGCGCUCCUCGCCGAGCUGCAGCGGCCUGCGGCGCGGCCCGAGCAGCUCGAGCUCGUCGCUCCCGCCCCCGAGCAGCUCGACGUCUCUGCCGCGGCGCUCCGAGGGCGGCUCGAGGCCGCCUCUGGCCGCUCCCUCGCCUCGCUCGGCGUGCGGCUCGUGCCAGCAGCGCUGCCCGGCACGAUCCACGCGCUGCGCAGCGCCGCCCACGCCUCGGCGGAGCUGCGCGCCGUGGCUGCCCAGCUCGCGCUCGAGCGGCACGCCGCCAGCGUGGCUGCACUCCGCGGCGGCGAGUACCCGCGCCCCACUUGGACAGCUCUGCGCGCGACAGUGGCAGCGAUGGCGACGCCCGAUGCUAGACCGGCGAAGAGGCGACGCCGCGGCGGUGAGGCCGCCUCCGCCGAGCCCGCCUCCGCCGAGCCCGCCUCCGCCGAGCUCGACGGCGACGCUCUGCAGCGGGUGGCGACGGAGUACCUGAUGCUCCACCUUGGUGCCACGAAGUGGCGGGCGAGGCGCUUCGCGGCUCCGGGCUCGGCCGAAGGCCAAACCAACGACCAGGUCGACCAGGCAGGCGCCACGGGAGGAGGCGGCGCCGAGGCAGCCGCGUCGGAGAUCGAGUCGGCGUCGGCGGCGGUGGCCGAGCCGGGCUGCGGUGCCGAGGCGGCGGCGGCAGGGUCCGAGGUGGGGGUGGGAGUGGCGGACGCAGGGGAGAGGGCGGGUCGGGUUGGGGUGGGGAGGUCUGAGGAGGCGGUGGGAAGCGAGGAGAGGGAGGGAGAGGUGGAGGAGGAGGCGGAGGAGGAGGCGGAAAGCGACGACGACGACGAGGAGGAAAGCGAGGAGGAGGAGGAGGCGGCGGCGGAGGAGGAGGAGGAGGCGGCGGGAGGAGAAUGGAGGGACCUGGCUGGCGGCCGCUCCGUCCUGCCCUGGGCGCACCUGCCCGGCCGCACCUCCGUGCCGCCGCCGCCGUGGCGCGGCACCGUCGCGCUCGCCCCGCUUCGGGCGACAGGCGGCGGCGGCGGCGGCGGCGGCGGCGGGGCGGGCGGUGGCAGCGGCGCAGGCGGUAGCGGCGGCGACACGCGCGCCGAGCUCGCUGCCGUGGGGAGGUGGGGCGAGGCGCUGGUGUACAACUUGCUGCUUGCCACGCUGCCACCGUCGCGCCGCGUCGAUUGGCUCAACCACGAGGCGGAGACGCGAGCGCCGUACGAUUUGGUGGUCUGCGACCGGGGCGGGAGCGGUGUGCGCGAGUUCGUCGAGGUCAAGACGUCGCGCUACUACGACCACAACGUCUUUGACCUCUCCUACUUUGAGUGGGAUUUCCUCUCCCGCGAGCCGCCCGUCCAGUACCGCAUCUACCGCGUAAGCGGCGCGGCGGAGGCCGCCGGGCCGCGUGUCUCUGUGAUCCAUGAUGUGCUGCGGGCCGUGAAGGAGGGAUCGGCGCGCUUGUGCCUGGCGAUUUAG